AGGCUUAAUGCGACAUAGGACGCUGCAAAAAAGACAACGACUGUUAUGUUAUUGUAUAUGUGACCAAAAUAUUUCGAACUAGCGGCAGCUUUGCUAGCGGCAAUACUUUUGGCCCAUUUCGUUUUCCGUACAUCCAGUUGCGCGUCAUGCAUCUUGAGGUUCUCUGAAAAGACCAGUGGGGACAUGAAUUCCAAAAGGAAACAUAAUCAGGUGCUUCACUUGGCCAUUUUGCCGUCUUGUCAUCUUGCAUGAACCUAAUUUUAGUAUUUCGCUAGGGGUAAGAUAACACCUUCUGUCUGUCUGGACAAGCCUGCAUCAAAAAGCUGGUCAUGCUGCGCUGGAUCCUUGGUGGUCGUGAAGCACAGGGUGUAGUUGAGAAGAAUUCAGUUCUGUUCAGUGGGGAGGAACAGCCCAAAAACUGCUUCACAGAGCUGCAGGUGCUGAAGGGACACUUUGACAUUGUUAGAUAUCUGGUGCAAAUUGAUGAUUUCAGGUUUGCCUCUGCAGGAGAUGAUGGUCUGGUGUUGGUGUGGAACGUGGAGACAGGUGAGCGACUGCUGGAGCUGAGGGGACACACUCAGCAGAUCACUGCAUUGGUGCCAUACACCAUCACCCAAGAGGACAUGACGCACACCUCUCUCAUCACAGCCUCUUCUGACCGAUCAGUCAGUCUUUGGGAUCCAGAUACAGGAAACCGUGUUCAGACGGUCUCAGAUCUGCAGUCUUCAGUAAAGUGCCUCCUAGUGCUGAGCUGGCACAACAUCUGGCUCUCGGGAGGAAAUGGCUUGUGUGUUUGGAGUAGUGGUUUCCAGCUGUUAAGCAAGACUGAACAACACAGUGACACAGGAGUCACUGCCAUGGUGGAGCUGCCCAGGAACUAUGUAGCCGCUGCAGUGGACAGAGAAAUAAUCAUUUAUGAACUGAAGGUUUCAUCAACGGAGUCAGAUGUGUCAAUCACAGCAUUCAGACACUUGGCCAACCAUCAGGACAGCAUCCGAGCCCUCAUCAAUGUUAGCGAUAAGCUCUUUGCUAGUGGCUCUCACAUUGGGGAGCUCAUCAUAUGGGAUUCCGUUGAGUGGACCAUUCAUGCCGAUGACCAGAUUGCUUUGGAGGACCUUCAUUACGAUGGGCCGUUAGAGAUCAGACUGGCCUCCCAGAAGCAGAGUGACAUGUCCAUCCAGCAUCUCGUGUCGGAUGGCGAGCUUGUUGUUGCAGCGGUGGGAAGUGGACUAUAUGUUUACAAUGUCCAAAAAAAGUGUAUGGUGGCAUGCAGGAAGCUGGCCCACGACUCUGACAUUUUACACACCAAGCUGCUGUCUCAAAGUAAGCUGAUGUCAUGCUCAGAGGAUGGAAGUGUUAAGAUGUGGGAACUUCAGGAACCCCUUCUCCUUGCUGAACCUACCACAGCAGGCUUUUUUGGAAUGUGGUCCUUCGGCCGGCCCAACAAGCAAGGUCCUUCUCCAAAAAGGUUUCCAGAAGCCCCAGGCCUCAAGACCCUGGAGUUGAUGGGUGAUUUAAUCGGCCAUUCUGGAGCGGUGCAGAUGUUCCUGAAUUUUGGCGAGAGAGGCUUGGUGACGUGCUCCACUGACCACCUGCUGAUAGUGUGGAGAGACGGGGAGAGGCAGUCGCACCUGCGUGGCCUGGAGCUGUUCCAGAAACUGGAGGAGAAUCAGGGUCUGUCAUGAACAGAUGCUCACAGACUACCACCAGCUCGUAGUCAUAGUCAACCUCUGCAUGUUUUGUCAAUUCUUUACGGACAUAUUUAAUAUUCUAAUUGUUUUUUUUUAUCUGUAUGUUUUCUAUGUGUAUUAUCACAUAAAUACACUUAAUAAAUAUAAAAGUACACUAAUUACACUUUUACGUACAGCCUGAACCUAAUUUGAAUAUUGUGAUGUUCUGGUACAACACAGUCGUUGUCUCUAUGUAUAACUGCUAAAUGCUUCAAAACUGAUUUUUGUAUUUUAUGUGCUGAAUACAUUUGUAAAUAAAUGAUAGAGGAUUUGGAGAAAUCUG